UAUUUUAUUUUGAAAAGAUGUACCGGAAGUACCAUAUGUUCAAGUCCUGAUAGCUGAUUACUCUGUAGAAGCAAUGCAGGAGAGCUGAGGCCGCCGGGGAUAAGUCCGCAUUCUAGGGAAUUCAGCCAGGCUGGUAUAAUGGCGAGACGCAGUUGGAUCAAACUCUCUAUGGAAAAAUUAAAUGUAUUUUUUUCGGACCACGCCAUUUGUGUUUGGAGUACUAAUACACUAUCAUCUUCCACACCCUCGGUCUCGGGACAUCGGUAGCUGAGUUCCUGGCGGCUUUGCUAACCCGCAGUCCUUCCUCUAAUCUCCUCAGCACAAUCACAGAGGACACUUAUUUAAAAAAUGGAUUUUAAGGUCUAGUCAAAUUUACGCGGAAUUGUACACAAUACAGUCACUGGUUUCUGACGGUGAAGUGAGAACUAGUUUAAUGUGCUAGUCCUCCAGGUUACAUCAUCUGGAUGUGGAUAGACCGCGGUUCCCUCAUCAUCCCUGCCCUGGACACACUGCUGCAGUGGCGGAAUGCUAACAACGAGGAAGCGGUGAUUGUCGGCGAUUGAAUUAUUAAGGUGCUUCAUUGACACUUUUUCUCUUUAUACUAAAUGUGAUGCCCGCCCCGAGGUUUCAGCGUGGAUGUGGCUGGCCGAGCCUGCCUCCAGUCCUGCGGAUGACACUGGCACCGGUACCGGAGGUUCAGAGCCAUUCACAGCGACGGCGCGGACACACCGUGGCCGGGUAGCGUCCACAGAAACCGCCGAGAGAGAGAGAGAGAGAGCAGCCCAGCGCCAUCACAGAUGGUUUCUCAUAAGGUUUUGGUGGCAAUAAUCUUACUGAACGUGUACAUUGGCGUACAGUCCGUGUUUUACUUAUUCGGUGGCGUCAUUUUGAGCGUCCUGUUUAUUAUGGCAUUUUUAAAUGGACCCAGGCUUCUGGACUGGGCCAGUUCCCCUCCACAUCUUCAGUUCAACAAAUACGUCCUGACCGGGUACCGACCCAUCUCCUCUGUGCAGGACUGCAUCAGGAGUCUGUUCUACCUGCACAACGAGCUGGGGAACAUCUACACUCACGGUAUUCCUUUGGUCUGCUUCCUGGUGCUGCUUCCUCUCAACAUCCCCUGGUCUCAGAUCAGUGUCACGUGGUUGGGCGUGGUUCACUUCCUGGCCUGCCUCUCUCCACAGCUGGGCUCCGUGCUUUAUCACCUCUUCAUGAACCACGAGGGAGGCGAGCCCGUCUACCACACUCUCCUCAAGCUCGACGUGUGUGGAAUCUGCAUGAUCAACACGCUGGGUGCUCUGCCUAUCGUCUACGUCACCCUGCUGUGUUACCCUUUCGUCCGCACCGUGGCCCUGCUUGUCUACAUCCUGCUCUCCAGCCACGCCAUCUACUGCGCCGUAACGGCUCGGAGUAGUGUUCGCCGAAUGCGCUCCUUCGCCUGGCAGGCUCUUUUCCGCUUCUCUUUCUUCCUGCUGCGCUGGGUGGGCGUAGGCGGCGGCAGCCCCACCUCCCUGCGAUACUUCCUCACCAUGGACGCGCUGGCAGUGCUGGGUGGGCUCAUCAACAUCACGCGUAUCCCUGAACGUUUCCGUCCAGGUCUCUUUGACUACUGGUGUAACAGCCACCAGAUCAUGCAUGUUCUGGUGGUGGGCUCCAUCCUGUCUCUGCAUUGGGGCGUGCUGGACGACCUGCUGUGGAUCAACAGCCACGACUGUCCCUCAGACUGACCCCCACAGCUGCCCCUGCCCCUGUGUUAGCACCACUGGGCUGUAAGUUUAACAGACGUUUGGGUAAAGGUGCUGUUUGGAGGGGGAAUUGGAAGAGGAGGGGGAAACUGAAAGGGAGGUGAUAUGGGGGGGGGGAUAUUGUCUGUGCAUGUGUUCCUCUCCUUAAAAUGUCCGUAUCUUCAUUGUGCUAAAUACCGGCCAAGGUAUGUUCAGUCACUCACACAAGCCUUCAGACAUUCUCACCCUCAACUGGAACGUCCCCCAUCUGGUGCACAUACCCCUUUUAUUUACCCCGCAUAUGGUAUCAAAUCAUAGGUAGUCGGCUUCUGUUUGUAAGAUCUGGGCCAUGAGCUUAACGCACAUCGACUAAUGUAGACUAUAAAGUAGAACUGGCCCCAGUAUAGGCCAUUUUAGGUGAUAGCUAGACAGCAAUGUUGCCAAGGAGCCCAAGAAGGCGUUUUCUUUCUGAGCUGUUUUUAUGUCCGCAUUCUCUCUGAGAAAUGUUUCCGUCUUAUAGAACCUGGAGCACUCGGUAUAAGCGUUCUUUACUGAGGGACUGAAUGGAUCCUGCUCUGCGUGGCUGCGUUUGUUUUCAUCACACAGAGAGCCUGAUAAAGAAUAUGCAAUUUAGUUUUUUGGCAGAAGUUCUCACUCAUUCCCACUAUGAUCUGUCUAAUUAUACAACAGACAAUUGUUAUAUAGUUCACCCCAUGUAGACACCCUUUCAAAAAAAUGCAGGGCAUUUUCUCGUCCUCAAAAGUCUGGCGGUAUUAAAUAGUCCAGUUUGUAUGUGACUUGUUCUCUGGCUUUAAUGGUUCCUGUGUUUCCCAGUAUCUUUAUUACUUUGGAACCAAAGUAUUUCCAUUUAGUCCCUUAUUGCUCUCAUGGAAAUACACAUGUAGUCAUUUCCCUGUACCCAAAUUAGUGCAGUUAGUGUAGGGUUCACAUGGAACCGAGAAACAAACCCGUACGAUCCCUUCUUUAUAGUCCAACAUUCGAUGGUGGAAACACUUUAUAUGACACAAAUAUGAAGGCUCGGGUGAAAUGUCAGAUUGAACCUGUGCAGUUACACAUCACACACACACUUACACCGACACUGAAGGCUUUGAAGGUGUCACUGUUGCACUCAGUGCAGCACCUUCAUCUUUGACACUCACACAACACCGUGUGUUUUUUUCACACCACUUGCUCCCAGAGAGAUUUCACUCUUUCUGUUUUGAUUUUUUUCCUUUGUGUCUGUGCUGCUGUCACUCUCUGCCAGUGUGUGCGUUCGUCUGAUUGUCCUCAGCGUCAUAUGGUGACGAGGUGACGGAGGUUCAUUCCUGAUGUCGGCUGUGACCUCACUGUCUUUCUUGGCUGCAGCCAACAUUAGAAUAAGUCCAGUGGUUUUAAACUUAUUUUGCUGAUCCAACUCUUUAACUUUAGUAAAGAAAUAACCACUAGUUCAUAUUGGCUACAACAUUCUGUAGCAAUACUGUUUGCUUGUUUGUUUACAUGUAUUUAGAUUUUUUUUAAAAACAUUUACUGUAAGGUAUAUUUUAACUACUAAUUCCUGAUAUUUAUUUACUUUUAUUUUAAUGCACAUUUUUACACGCUGCAGACAGGCCUUACAAGAACACUGUUAUUUUUUAAAAUUGACAUUGCUCCAUGUGUACAGUAAAGCUGAAUAGACAUGUGGUAAAAAAACUGCACUGAUAUUGUGUGGAUGACACUUGACAGUUACUAAUGUUUAUGCUGCAACUACUCCAGGAAAAAAUAUCCAUAAGAUGUUGUGGUUAAACUAUUCUAUUUAUUAGGAUCUGUGUUUAGUGAACAGUGUGUGUUUGUAGGCUGCUAAAAAUGCUACUGA